CAUGUUGACGGUACGAAUCAGCGCCAAACGCUCGACGCGAUAUCCCGCGUGCAGUUUGCUGCUGCGAGCGUGCGUCUGUCUGCUGGUACUGCUCGGGCCGGUAGCACACAGCCCCGUCGAGGGUCAGUAUCUCCGGUCACCGUGUCCGAACGUGUUUUCGUACCGGCUCGAUCCGGGCUCUAAUCAGGUGUUUGGCUACGUUCAGCUGCAGGGACUACGCAUCGGUCAGCUAGUUAAGCUGAACGUUGAUCUGUCGAUCGGUAUCGCCGUACCGCAGAACAACGUCGGAUCGAUCACAUUAGUGAAAUCGAGGGAGCAAACGUUCCGCGACAUCUACAACAACCAACCGGCACAGUAUCGCGUUAAUUUCCCUUUUAAAAAUGUUAUCCCAACGGUGCUGGCUAUUAGCGUGAACGGUCAAACGAUCUGUACCGGUCAGAAAGCAACCGGCCAGGUAGUGACCACCAUCAACCUGGAGCACUCACUAUUCACGCAGAUGCAACCGCUGGCGAAUGGUGGUGGAGCUAGCAACAACAACGUCAACACCGUCAACAAUGUUAACAUCCUACAGUACCAACCGCCCCAGACUCCGGCACCACAAAUUCCCAUCUAUCGGCCGGUGCAGACUCCUGCACCGCAAAUCGUAACACAAAGACCUCAGCCGGUAGUAACGCAGCCAGUAGUUAGACCUCAGACGGUAAUAACGCAACGACCGCAACCGGUGCAACCUGCACGUCCAUCGGUUGAUUACAGUACAGAGGAAGAGGACAUAUGCGGCAAACCGGCCCAAGUCUUUAACCGUCUCUCGAUCAAUGGAAUUCGCACACCCAAAGGACAGUUCCCGUGGGCGUCACCGAUUUUCGAUACCGUCGGCACCAAACCCAAGUACAUCUGCGGCAGUACCAUCAUUACCAACAGGCACCUGGUAACGGCUGCCCAUUGCAUGUACGAUACCUACGGUGCAGAACGCAAUCCAAACUCACUAUCGACCGUACCGGGCAUGUACAACAUCGAUGACUUCUUCGAUGCCGAUCUGCAGGAACGUAACGUAGUGAGAAUCGUUAUACACCCCGAGUACUACUUUGAGGACAGCGGGUUGGCCGACUCGGAUAUUGCCGUGAUGAAGGUCGAUCAACCGAUCGCCUACACCAAUCUAGUACGGCCCAUCUGUCUGUGGAAAGAAAUUGACAACCUGGAACAGAUCGUUGGCGUUAAAGGGUACGUGUCCGGCUGGGGUGUAACCGAGAGUGGUGAGGCAAAGUAUCCGAGCUACGUAACGGCUACGGUUGUCGAUCGCCGGUCGUGCUCGCGUAACCUGGAAAAGGUUAUCGCCGGUUCGUCGCGUCUGUUCUGCGCCGAUGGACACGGAUCGGUUCCGUGCACUGGUGAUUCUGGUAGCGGGCUCGUCAUCAAGCGCGGCGCCAAAUUCUACCUGCGAGGGGUUGUGUCAGUCGGACAGUUUGAUCCGAAUACGCUAACGUGCGCGCGUGACAAAUACGUAGUUUACACGGAUGUAGCGCCACUGCGCUACUGUGGAUGUGGAAGACCAGCUCAAGUUCUAAACCAUCUUUCGAUCAACGGAACUCGAACACGCAAGGGACAGUUCCCGUGGGCGUCACCGAUCUUUGAUAUCAGUGGAUCCAUACCGAGGUACAUCUGCGGCAGUACCAUCAUUACCAAAAUGCAUCUGGUAACGGCUGCUCAUUGCAUGUACGUGCAGCGCGGUGAAGAACGUGCCCCAAAAGACAUAUUGACCGUACCGGGCAUGUACAACAUCGAUAACUUCUUCGAUGAGGAUCUACAGGAACGUAUUGUGGUGAGAAUCGUGAUACACGACGAAUACUUCUUUGAGGAGACGGAACUAACCGAUUCGGACAUAGCCGUGAUGAAGGUCGAUCAGCCAAUUGUCUACAACGAUCUAGUACGGCCGAUCUGUCUGUGGAGCGAAAGUAACAACUUGGAGCAGAUUGUCGGCUUGGAAGGAUAUGUGUCCGGUUGGGGUAUUACCGAGAGUGGUGAGGCAAAGUAUCCGAGCUAUGUUACGGCUACGAUUGUAGACAAACGUGCAUGCGCGAACAACCUGGAAAAGCUUUUUGUUGGUUCGUCGCGUCUGUUCUGUGGGGACGGACACGGAUCGGUACCGUGCAAUGGCGAUUCUGGUAGUGGGUUCGUCAUCAAACGAGGCCCAAAAUACUUCCUUCGUGGGGUUGUAUCUAUUGGGCAGUUUGAUCCGAAUACUUUGACCUGCGCGCGUGACAAAUACGUACUAUAUACGGAUGUGGCACCACUCCGCUACUGGCUGUCGAAAGUUGUUAAAGGAACGUAA